AUGAAUAUAAUUUGUGGGCGGUGCGAAGCAGGAGCAAGUCAAGGGAAUAAAAAGACAGGCCCCAGGCCACCUGACUCCGAGUCAGGUAUUGAUUUUACCCAGGCACAAAGCAAUGUGCCGGCCCAUUUGACCUCGGACGCAGUGACCCGGGUGGGUUGCGAGGGUGCCCUGGACAACGUUCCCGAAGAGGAUAUCCAGCGCAUCAUCGACAACCCGACUCUGUACACCUUUUAUCAGGCUUGUAUUUUGGGUGAAGACGUACGCAAGAUUCAGUGCACUUGCAGUGGAUGGGAGUUGAGAAGAAUCAUGGUGGGUCUGGUGAACCCAAGUUUAUGCCCACCAAGGGCCAGACACCCUUAUUGUCCCAGUUCUGAGCAACGGAUCCGCGGACAAGACUUCAUGAAGCACUUGUCCAAGGUGCUACUGCUGCUGUUGGUCGCAUCACUCACUGCAGUUGAUUUUACCCAGGCACAAAGCAAUGUGCCGGCCCAUUUGACCUCGGACGCAGUGACCCGGGUGGGUUGCGAGGGUGCCCUGGACAACGUUCCCGAAGAGGAUAUCCAGCGCAUCAUCGACAACCCGACUCUGUACACCUUUUAUCAGGCUUGUAUUUUGGGUGAAGACGUACGCAAGAUUCAGUGCACUUGCAGUGGAUGGGAGUUGAGAAGAAUCAUGGUGGGUCUGGUGAACCCAAGUUUAUGCCCACCAAGGGCCAGACACCCUUAUUGUCCCAGUUCUGAGCAACGGAUCCGCGGACAAGACUUCAUGAAGCACUUGUCCAAGGUGGACAACAAAACCUGGCGAAAAGUCCUCAGCAAAUACAGCGGCCGAGAAAACCGAUGAAUCUGAUGAUCCUCAAAAAAUGAACCUGCUUUCUUCCAUUUUCAAAUCACUAGGUUUUUUUGUGUGAUGCUUGAAUAUUUGCUGGUUCAAUUAUUUUGUACAAUUAUGUUCCCCGAGGGCUUCACAUGAAUAAAAGAGGCGCGUUUCUCUUGA